AUGACUUUCAUCUGCUCUGUGCUGAUCCUUCAUCUGUAUACUUUAAAAAGCAUACAGUGUGACUGUGAUGUCCUCUUCGCUGGGUUGCAGGAGGAGGAUCCCGUGCUGACUGUGAUCACCUAUGCGGGGCUGAGCCUGUCUCUGCUGUGCCUCUUCCUGGCGGCCCUCACCUUCCUGCUGUGCAAAGCCAUCCAGAGCACCAGCACCUCCCUGCACCUGCAUCUCUCCCUCUGCCUCUUCCUGGCCCACCUGCUCUUCCUCACGGCCAUUGACCGGACUGAGACCAAGGUGCUGUGCGCCAUCAUCGCGGGGGCCUUACACUAUCUCUACCUGGCCUCCUUCACCUGGAUGCUGCUGGCGGGUCUGCACCUCCUCCUCACGGCACGCAACCUGACGGUGGUCAGCUACUCCAGCGUGAGCAGCUUCAUGAAGUGGCUUGUGUUCCCUGUGGGCUAUGGGGUCCCGGCUGUGAUCGUGGCCAUUUCUGCAGCAUCCAGGCCGCAGCUUUAUGGAACACCCACCCGGAUGCUGACACAUAAAGCAUCAGCUCAGCUCUUCAUCUUGGGAUGCACGUGGUGUCUGGGCCUCCUGCAGGUGGGGGCAGCUGCCCACGUCAUGGCCCACCUCUUCACCAUCAGCAGCAGCAGGCAGGGCGCCUUCGUCUUCCUGGUGUGCCGCCUCCUCCGCCAGCAGGUACCACUGUCUGCCUCCCACCCUGGGGUCUUUCAUCCUCACCCCUCUCAGUGAGCCAAUCCAGGCCAU